AUGGCUCGUGAAGCGCAUAUAGAUUGUGAAAAAGCGCUCAAGAACACAAAUGAUAUGUGUACUCUUGCAGAGCAUUCUGAGCCAAGUGAAAUGGCUAAUUUGAGUCAGGAUGAUGUUUCGAUGGCCAGCUCAAGAAGUUCCGAUGCAGAGCCAGACAGUGAUGCACAGGUAUGCGUCAAACUUAUGGAGAAGGUCACACAUUUGCGGAUAGUGGUGACGGCAGAAGUUGCAAAACAUUUCCGCAUAGGUGAUGAGAGGCGCGAUCAGAUAGAAGCAAUAGUUGAACGGAAUGUCAAGCGCAUUUUGAGAAAAUUACAGCGACUAAAGGAAGCUAUGGAUAAUAGCAGUAGUGCUGUAGCCGCUUUGGACAUAUUCAAGCAAUAUGUUGACUGGAAUGAGGAAGGGGAAUUAGCGAGUAAGCUAGAGCAAUUCCUAGUCAAGGCGAAAACCCUAGACAAGAUUGCAUGUAAGCUUAACUGCUCUGCCGCUGAGGUUAAGCACCAUGUAAAAGGGGUGAUAAAAAACGGAAAGAACCUUGCAAACACAGUAUCUCUGUUGCAGGAUGAGUCUAGUCGAAAGGAUGACGAGAUCCGAGCGCUUAAAGAAGAGCUCGAAAAGCAAAAGCGCCGUAUUUCGGAGCUCGAAGCUGCUGGUAUUUGUGAAGACCAGAUAGGUGGUCAUGAUGCGAUACCAGGUGAGUCAAGACACAUGCCUAGUGGUGUCAGUGAUAGCCAAGAGGAGGAUAGUCAAUUGCAGACUGGCUGGCACAAGCAGGCGAGCAAGAAGGACUCACGGCACGUGAGCUACGGAAAUUCGUUGAGGAGGACUUGCACACCGCAAGGUACGUCCGAUAGCUCUAUAGAGAGUUCAAAUAGUGAGAGUAUGAGUGAGAGGAUAGUGCAAAGACACCGUAGGAAGUCUAGGUUAAGGACCCAAAGUACAAUGGGACAAUACAUGAGGUAUGUAGCCUUACCAGACGUGUCACCAUACUCGGGGAAAGAAAAAGAAUACUCGUUUGAAAACUUUGUAGAAGCGUUUGAACUUAAAUACCCAGGUCAAUUUUGGGAAGAUAAGGAACGCUGCGCUUUAUUCAAAUCAAAGUUGACGGGUAAGGCAAGAGCGCAGUAUGAAGCGCUAGCCAAAGGAAAGAAGCGUAACUUUCACACAUUGGUAAAUGCUAUGAAAGAAAUGUGUAAAGAAGAGACGCGAAAUAAGAAGAUUAUCGCACUGGGUGAAUUGAAACGUCUUCAAAAGCCAGAAACACAGUCGGUAGGGGAUUUUUGCGUGGAGUUGGAGCGACUGACACGUAGAGCCUAUCCUGAGCUGGAGGAAAGGACAUUAUCAGUCAUCCGCGCUGAUUACCUAUACGACCAGCUCUCCCACUGGGACGAAUCUUGUCACCUACAAGAGGCUAUGGAAGGACCUGGUAGCGAUAUGUAUGAGAGGCUGAAGGACGCCGCAAUGAGAGUUGAAAGGAGACAUUUGGCUCUCGAGAACCGCGCAGGGAAUAAGCCUUCAUCAAGCCCAUGGACUCAGAAAAAAGGAAGAGGCUUUCAAUUAAGGCGCUCAAAGGAAGUCCAUAUGGAACAGAAUCUGGAAGGCAGUAAGACUGAUAUUGAAACCAACAGAGCGAGUAAAGAAGCACAGGGUAUGAGGUGCUUCAAGUGCAAAAAGACAGGACACAAGGCACGUGAGUGCAAAAGCAUUGCCAGCGGUAGCUCUGGUAAUGCCAUGUCACUGUCGGCACGAAUUCGCAAAGCGGGGUGCAGUGCCGCCUGCACCAAACAAACAAGGUCAUGUAGGAAGCUUUCCCCAACCAUUGUCGGCAAGCGAUCAACAAUCGAUGUGACAAUUUUGGGUAGGGACAGGAAGGCGCUUCUUGAUACAGGAUCAGAAGUGUCUAUCCUUCCAGCAAAAGUGCUUCAGCAGGCGAUGAAUGAUGGAAUUGACAUUGAUACCGCAGUCAAGGAAGUGCCACUACCCAGGUCAUUGAAAAUUACAGAUGCCUCAGGGAGGGCUAUGGACUUUUUGACCGCAGUGGAGUUGGACAUUGUGAAUAAGAGAGACAACAGAAAACUCUUGUACAAAUGUUGGUGUCCAAAGGUCAAGAAAAGCCUGCAAGGACCGAGAGAAAAGAAGAUGUUACGACAGCGAGAAGAAACAGAGCCGAAUCCUGUGGCUGUUGUAGCGCAGAGAGUCUUCAUAGCUCCCGGACAAACCAAAUACGUGGACCUUAAGUGUGAAAAGAAGUGGUCAGAAGCAGUGCUCAGCACGACAGACAAAAGGAUUCCAAACGGUCUAUGCAAAGUAGACGUCGACGGAAUGACAAAGGUAGCGGUCGUCAACAUAUCCGAUGAGCCCAUGGUAAUACGGAAGGGUCAGGAGGUAGGCGAAUGGGAGAAAGCUUACUGGGACGAAUUCCGCUUCAAUGAUAGUCCAGCAGACAUAUUGUGCACCCAAGGCAAACCGAUGUCUGCGAAAGAAAGGUUGCAUACCUUGUUCGAGUUUUUGGUCAGAAACAGGGAUGGAAGAACGCUGUCGCCUCAGAUGCAAAAGAUUGUGGAAAGAAACAAUCACGUUUUCGCUGUGGAGGACAGCGAGUUGACGCAAACCUCUUUGGUAACUCACGAUAUCGAUACGGGAGACACCAAACCAAUUCGGCAAAAGACCCGACCAGUCCCGAUUGGAGCCCGUGAUGAGUUCAAGGAUAUUCUCAGUAGCCUUUUACAAAGAGGAAUCAUUGAACGUUCAACGUCUGAAUGGGCGUCGCCGGUAGUGCUCGUGCGGAAGAAAGACGGCAGUAUUCGUCUGUGCAUAGACUAUCGCCAGCUGAACAAAUGCACUAAGCACGAUGCCUAUCCACUGCCAGGAAUUGACGCCAUAGCUAAGAUGAAGGAAGUGUAUGACAACCGCAAAGACGUGGACGUCCUUUCCCUUCCGGUGGUGGGAGGGAGAGUAUUCAUGAAGCUGCCCCGAGAAAAGGCACGAGGAAAACAUCCCAAGCUGACUAUGGACUGGGAUGGGCCAUAUCGCGUGUUACAAGCGGACGAAACAUCUGCGCUUAUCACCAAAAUAGGUAGUAAUGAGGAUGCCAUAAGAGUCCAGUAUGAUUUGCUCCUCAAAUGUCCCGAUGAGAUUCCAAAUGAGCAA